CAAACCGGUACCGAUGGUACCUCCAAGCGCAAUCAUCGUGAUGUGACGAGGCUUUAACGCCCUCUUAACCUGUGUAUCCCUAACAUGGCCCGUAGUUGCAUCAGGGCCUUUAGAAGAUCCAUCUGAGCCCGCGUCCCAGUUCAUGUUCUCCACAUCUUCAUCCAGACGCGUUGUAUUUUUGGAGCCAUCCUUCAACGAGGCAUCUUUCAUCUCAUACUGUUCAUAUGAGGACAUGGUUGGUAAGGUCUUAUGACUCUAUCAAUAACAGUUGUCACGAGAUCUAAGAAAUCACAGAGUCAAAGGAGAAGGGACCUUAAGGAAAAAGUCAAAUUGAGAACAAGUUUUUAUGGAGCAGUAUUCCAUUACAAGGCACACAAGUCCGUUUUUGCAGCUCCAAUAAUCGUUUUAUAUAAGAGGAGAAGCGUCACAUAUUAUGCUGCAAGCUGGGCGUCCAAGAGGCAUCUCUGUGUUUUUCUCUUCAGCCCAAUCUCACAUGAACAACACGCUACAAAAGCAAACUGGUUGGGGGUAAAUUUAAAGCGUUGUUUCCCCCAAAUUAGAUUAAAAUUGAAAGGCGGGUGCAGUAUUACAACAUUUCUUUUUUUGUUUGUUCCUUGUCUUAACGUCAUACAAAAGCAGCAGGUGCCGCAAAUGACAGUCUCGCUCGAUUUGUGGGCUACACAACAAUGUAUGGGGAAAGAUACGGACGUAAGGAAUGUUUAACCGACUUGGUGUAUACUUGAUCGUGUUAGAAUUGGCGCUGAGAUGUAAGAAGAUGGGCGUGUCUAUGUGGGUGUUAGAUUUGAUCGCUUCUGAAGU